CCGCCGACGUUAUUCCACGGUAAACGCUUGAGCUGCGCGGUCGAAUGUCGCGCAUCAGCAGCAAAAAGUGAAUCGCAAUCCCAUACCCGCUCCCGGUCCGAAUAAAAACAACAAAGGCAGCCAAAGAAUAAAGGACGACGCGACGCGCACUUGAUUCAAUUAACCGUCGCUGUAAUUUCGAGCAAUAACCAACCAGCUAGCCGGACCGGUUUCGGAAAUAAGCUUGGUUUUUGUUCGCUGCAUCGGAUGCUGGCCAAAAAAUAUAUGCUAUCGGGCGGUAAUCUCGGACGGCAAGCCAAGCCACGGAUCAUACGAUCUUUUCAUGUGCGGGUCGCAACAAAUGUCUGGUUAUAUUGAGUAGAACGCAAUAAUAUAGCCAACCACCACCAAUCGGAGCACCGAGCGAGCAGAAGCAGCUGUCAUCUGUCGGAGAGUAGAGAGAGCAGAGAGCGCUGGACGCGCGCCGUUUUUCUGCGUCUCCAUAUUUUUUUGCACUAGUCGCAGACACUAAAGGGUCGCCGCUGGUCGCUGGUUUAAUCACCAGGGUCGGUCCACAUCGGAAAUCAGAGAGUACUUCCGAUCACUUGGCCGCCGGCUGAUACUUGGAAGGGAGUCCAGCAUAGCGCAGCACAUACAUAACCAUGUUGACGACCGUCCUGAACUUUGCCCAGCGCGUCGCCGAGAUUUCUUUGCUCGGCGGCAUCGAGAUUGCAUCAGUUGCCCUUAUUGUCUACUACAUAUUCGCCAAGACGAGGGCACCCGUUAUCAUCGCUGGUCUGUUUCCCAACCUGAAUCUGAGCUACCGCUCGUCCCUGGGCAAGAUCAACACCAUACGCAGCGACCUCCUGGUCACGCUGCGCUCAUCCAAUGAGCCCAAAGUGCAGAACUCGGUGGCACAUGGCAUCGGAACCCAGAACAUGUUGGAGCUCACCCCGCAGUCGGGCCAGAAACCGUUCAAGAGGCUAUUAGACUGGGGCGUCCUCUUUCCCUAUGUGGCGCAGGUACUGCGUAGUGAGAAGUUCGAGUACCGACAGGUCACCGAAAUCGUACACAAUGAUGUCGUCCUCAAGCACGCUAUCAAGCAGGCAGCCGAGCAGACGCUCCGAGAGCAGCGGUACGCCAAAAACGGUCAUCGGCUGCUCACUCGUAGCGCCAGCGGUGAUCAGUCGGCGGCAGCGGAGGAGGAGGACGAGAAGCAGGGCAUCUCGUACCAAGCCAUUUUACGCAAGCAAGAGCAACGCGCCAUCAGCAUUCUGAGGGACAUGGGCUCUACCCUAAACAAUGGUCUGCUGGCGUUUACAUCCUGGAUCCUGUAUAAGCUGCUGCCGUGCUUCCUAUCCGGCGUCGUGACGAACACCAAGCAGAUCGAAAUGCUCAAGACUGCCACCGAAAAGUCACCAGGCACUCCCUUGAUUUUUGUGCCGCUGCAUCGCAGCCAUCUGGACUACAUAAUGGUUACCUGGAUACUCACAAACAAUGAUAUACGCAGCCCACUGGUAGCCGCCGGCAAUAAUUUGCAGAUACCCGUCUUCGGGGGAUUGCUGCGCGGACUUGGCGCCUUCUUUAUCAAGCGCAAGAUCGACCCAGUUGAGGGCAAGAAGGACGUGCUGUAUCGAGCCGCUCUUCAUCUGUAUCUUACUCACGCUCUGAAGCAGGGUCACAACGUCGAAUUCUUCAUCGAGGGUGGACGGACGCGUACCGGGAAACCUUGCAUGCCGAAGGGUGGCAUCCUAUCUGUGAUCGUGAACGCCUUCAUGGACGGCAGCAUACCGGACGCCUUGCUGGUACCCGUGUCGGUAAACUACGAACGACUGGUGGACGGGAAUUUCGUGCGGGAACAAAAGGGCGAGAAGAAAAUACCCGAGUCCUUCAGCAAGGCCAUUUCAGGCAUAUGGAAGGCUCUUCGCUCAAAUUACGGCCUAAUGCGCAUCGACUUCAACGAGCCGUACUCGAUACGCGAGCUGGUCAACUCGUACAACAAGAUCGCUCGGGAGGAUGGCAACUUGGCCAAGGUAUACAAACCAGCGGCCAGAACACUCCAGCACAAUCAGUCUACUUCCUCGCUGUAUGGCACCGAUGUGGUGUGCGAGGAGCACCGCAAUCUCAUCGAAAGCAUCUCUCGCCAGGUGGUCUUCGACUGUGCCUCAGCCACCUCGGUAAUGUCUACCAAUGCGCUCGCUUUCCUGCUGCUCACCCGCUACCGGAACGGUGCCGAGGAGCAAAUGCUCGCCGCAGCCUUGGACGACUUGCGAAACUCUUUGUAUGGCUGUAAGGACAUUGGUUUUUCCGGUGAAUCCUCCCAGAUCCUGGCAUACGCCUGCGACCUGCUUGGCUCAGGUCUAGUCACUCGCACUCGAGAUGAGAACGGUCGCCUAGUCAUUCGGGCUGUGAAUUCUGUGGAAAGCUGUAUCGAGCUGGCCUACUACUCUAACAUGCUUACCCCGCACUUUGCCCUUAGUUCAAUACUACUGACCACGUUCCACGCGCUGCUCUCGGAGAGGGAGAACAAAAAAGAAGCCAAGGUGUCGCGCAAGAAGUUGAUAGACACAGCCUUAGAGAACUGUCAGAUCUAUCGCUAUGAGUUCAUAUUGAACAAGCCCACACAAGUGCUGGAGAGCAUGCUUUACAAGAAUUUGGACGACCUUUUGAUUAGUGGAUGCAUCUGUGCAGAGCAGUUGCCUGAGUCCGAAAAUACUGGGGAAUCCAAGCGCUUGGCUCGCAGUCUCGCCGCUGACUGUCUCGACGACGAUAAUGAGGAUGAUUACCUGCACGUUGCCAACGGAGAUGGUGAUGAGACACAGUUGCUGUUCGCUAGCGAAACCCUGCAGCAGCAGCGUUACAUUUGCGAGGUGCUGGCACCCUUUGCAUGGACAUACGUGACUGUAGCGCACUCUCUGCAAAUUCUCCACCGGAACUCUAUGCUGGAGUCCGAGUUCAUUAGUUUUGUGAUUAACGAUUUGACCGGCAAGGUCAAGCGUGGCAGCUGCAUCUAUGCUGAGAGUAUAUCGACGGACUCGGUGCGCAAUUGCCUGAAGCUGCUUGAGAAAUGGUCCGUGAUCGAGGUGUGCAACCAGCAGGGCCUGCGCCUGAUCUCACUCAACACGCUCUACGAGAUGUCUCGGGAGUCACUCAAUACGAUCGUCAAGAAGAUUGACGCCAUGGUGCCAAAAUUUAAUUCAGGCUACUUUGCUGAUGCAAUGCCCUAACCGACGACCCUUGACGUCCUUGCUGGGCCUUGCUUUAUUUUUGGAACUCGACAUUUUUGUACUCCUUGUAUAGUGCAUAUCAUCCACAUAAGAUUAAAGUGCAUACUCCUAGAUCUUAGCCUUGGAUAUGUCUAGUUUUAUAGUCAUAUACGAGUUUAUAUAUGCCAAAGUGCUAGCUUUACUAUAACCGAAACCGUGAAAUAUGAACAAACGUUUUCCAUGUAUGAAAUGAAAACCAAAACAAUAUAUCAUCCAUACGGAACUGAUUGAUUAAACUUUACCAUUUUAUAUAAAUAUAGACAAGUAGACGCUUAAAAAUGAA